UUCUCUGUGCUUAAAUGAUACGCGAUAGGAUACUCUUUAUCUUUUUAACGUGUGUUCAAAUUUUUGGCCAAUAAGAUUGGAAUCCCAAAUCAUUUACAAGAGGAAGAACAUAUAUUCAAGAUUGAUGACUUUUGGAUUGCGUUAAUGUUUGUAAAUUAAUAAUUAUCGUCGAUGUGAGCAGCAUAUUGUCUACAACAAUUAUAUGCAUGAAAGAUCGAGUUACGAAUUUGUUAAAAAAUAAUAUUUACUUCCGUACUUGCAUUUUUACGUUUUUCUUCUUACACUACGUCCUGAGACGACCACGAGAUAAUGCCCAGAUUCACGUUGCUGGACAUUUAAAGAUCGAUUGUUGGGAUGGCGCGCGAUUUUAAGCGAGAGUGACAGAAUAUAGACGUAAUUCUUCAUGGCGACGUUGUUACUUUUCUGUCGGUGUCACUAGCGGCCGACAGAAUAUCAAAGAAAAGAAUCGUAAAUUAUAGCUCACUCGAUCAAGCGUUGUCUGACACACAAAAUGGAGUUAGUUAAAAACGUAUGGAGAAAGUCUACUUUUUUAUACAAGACCAGCGUGCAAACAUCGCUGAGACACAGUGGAAGUACAACAUCAAAUGUAGCCGAAGUGGCGGUGUUUUCACGAGAUGGCGAUUCCGGCUUGACAAUCACGGAUGCCGGAGACACAAAGCCGAAGGACGAUAUGAUUUUCAAUGCUCUUGGAGCGACUGAUGAACUGUCUUCUUACAUAGGACUGGCGAGAGAGUUCGCGUGCGACGGGAAAGUCGAACAUCCAUAUGUUGACAAGCUUAAACGAGUACAGAUGAUCUUGUUUGAUUUGACCCAUGCAAUCUCAAAGUCAGUACCUGGUAAAACCAGGUCUUUUGAGAACAAACAUACCAAAGACCUUGAGGAAUGGAUUCUUGAAUAUGCGAAUCAACUGCCACCUCCAGAGGAUUAUAUCAUUCCAGGCGGUGGAAAAGCCUGUGCCUCCCUGCACGUUGCACGAACAGUAUGUAGGCGUGCAGAAAGAAGCAUCACGACGCUGGUGCGGGAUGGUGCCCUGGAUAAAGAAGCGCAAACGUAUCUAAACAGAUUGUCAGACUUCCUCCUAACAGUAUCACGUAUUGCGGCCAAAUGCGAUCAGCGCAUGGAAAAUAUUUAUAUUCCACGUGCGGAAGUAACUGAGGAGAAAUAAAAGGACUGAUUUAGAAA